CUGGCCCUGCCGGUCGUCAUUGAACCGGGGGUGGACUACGCCUCGCCGUCCGACUGGGUCUGGCGGGACGUUGACUCCAGCCAGCCCAACUCAGCGGUCUUCCACAUCAGCCACUCCGAGAUUACCCGCGUGCUGGUCGACACCCUGCGGCCGGAGGACUGCUCUCCCGAUGCCAACGUCGUCAUCAAGGACGAGAUUCCCAUCCUUGUUCUCGACAGCCUGGACAAGUACUGGGCGGGAGAGGCCAAGCAGCACCUGCCCCUGAACGGAGUCCGGGUCCCGGUCGAGGCCGACACUUUGGCUGAGGCCAAGCGCGCCCUCGCCGACGACCUCGCCGCACAGUUCCGGCUGCUGAUGAUGCUGCGCAGUUCCGCCCACCAGCUCGCCCCGCCGCUGCAGGAAAACCUCCUGAUGCUCAGCGAACGCCUCGAGCCGCGUCGCGACAAGGCGUAG